UAGGACUCUCGCUGGUUUAGUCGUCGGUUAGUCAGUGAGCACAAUGCUUCGGCCGCUGUUAGUCGCGUUGAUUCUUGCGGGUGGUUUGAUUCGCGACGCGCAAUCAAGACACCAUCAUCUGCAUCAUCAUGAGCACAAUCCGCAUGCGGAGGAAGUGAUCAUUAACGUGCCACCUCCACCAGCAGCAGAAACAACAGCGGUUGAUGUUGAUAUUGAUCGAAAUACUGUCGUGGAUGCUGCUACCGGUAUUGUUUACAAUCCGUAUAGUAAACAUCAUCCAGGUCGCCAUGUUUGCUCCAACCAUAAGAAUGUAACACAACCAGUAAAAACGCGCCAGUCUUUCUGCAAACCCACGUACAAGAAGUACACGCAGCGCUGCGAGGACAAUCAAUUAUGCAGCGCGAUAAGGGUGGUAUACGAGACCGGUUAUCGGGACGUCGUCACCACCAAGAUCAACAAACAAGUCUUUCAUUAUUGCUGUCCCGGUUGGAAACAAGCCACAAAUAGAAGUUACGGCUGUCAUACUCCUGUGUGUUCCGAUGAAUGCCAUAACGGCGGUACGUGCACAAAACCGGAAUUUUGCACAUGUCAGCGUGGAUUUACGGGACGCACGUGCGAAGUGGACCGCGACGAGUGCAAGGAGGAGAAGCCCUGCGAUCAGAUCUGUGUCAACCAGCCGGGCAGUUAUCGCUGCGAGUGCAGGGAGAAUUACAACCUGCAGGAGGAUGGCCACUCUUGUAAACUAGACGACGAUCAAAUUGGUUUCGAGGCGAAGGAAAUGCAAUUUGAGGAGCUGGAUUCACGCAUUCACAAAAUUGAAAAUAUUUUGGAGGAAAACAAUCCAGGAGCAAUAAAAAAUAGUUUUCGAGAGUUUGAUGAUAAGUUAACAUAUUUCCAAAAGGAUUUCUCACUUUUAAAGCAAAAUAUUGUUCAAAAAGCAGAAUACAAAGAAGAUUUGACAGCGGUUAAACAAAAAUUGGAGAAAUUAGAAAAGAAAUCGAAUAAGAUUGAUGAUUUGGCUGCGCGGUAUGAUAAAAUGACGAAAGCCGUUUAUAGAUAUUAAUUUUAAGUCAUAAAAUAACAUUUUAAUCCUUCCUUU